UCAGAAUGACAAGAACUCUCUCGCGGAGAGUUGUACUUGCAAAAAUCAAAUUUUUGAAUCUGUUGCUCCGGUGAUCAAUAUGUCGACUGAACGUGUGGAAAAGCGAUGUGAUGACAUAAUAAAACACGAACAUGAAAAACGAUUAUACAGAGGUUUAGUACUCACUAAUAAAAUGAAAGUUAUUUUAAUAAGCGAUCCAACAACUGACGAAAGUGCUGCUGCAAUGACCAUUGAUGUCGGCUCUAUGUGCGAUCCAGAUGAUCUACCUGGAUUAGCGCACCUUUGCGAACAUAUGUUGUUCUUAGGAACGAAGAAAUAUCCUCAACAGAAUGAUGACAAAAUAUUUCUGGCACAGAAUGGUGGUUGGAGUAACGCAACAACAUCUUCAGAUUACACAAUUUAUAAUUUCUAUGUAAUUCCCGAGAAGUUAGAAGGCGCUUUAGAUCGGUUUGCUCAAUUUUUCUUGGCGCCUCUCUUUACGGAGAACUUGAUGGAGCUAGAACUAAAAUCCAUAAAUUCAGAAUUCGAGAAUAAUUUAACGGCCGAUUCGCGGCGAUGUUGGCAAUUGCAAAAAUCAUCUGCGAGCUCAGAUCAUCCGUUUUCAAAAUUCAGCACAGGAAAUAGGGAAACAUUAAGCACAAUACCGAAACAAAAAGGCAUUAACGUUCGAAAUAAACUACUAGAGUUUCAUGAAAAGUAUUAUUCUGCAAAUAUUAUGUCACUGUCUGUUCUUGGCAAAGAGAGUUUAGAUGAACUCGAAAAUAUGGUAGUGAAUCUGUUUUGUGAGAUACGAAACAAGGAAAUUGAAGUUCCAAUGGUGUCUGAACAUCCAUUCAAAGAUGAACAUUUUGGCACUGUGUGGUACAUUGUUCCAAUAAAGAAUAUAAGAAACUUAACCAUUUCGUUCCUUUUACCAGACCUGCGCCAACAUUACCGAUCGAAGCCUGAACGUUACGUUAGUCAUUUGCUUGAACAUGAAGGAGAAGGCUCAUUAUUAUCUUCUUUGAGAGCUAAGGGAUGGUGUAUCUCGCUGACAUGCGGACUAAGUUAUUCCGUCAGAAGCUUCAGUAUUUUCAAUAUCGAGACCGAUUUGACCGAAGAAGGAAUUAAACAUAUCGAAGAUAUUGUUCUAAUGGUGUUUCAAUAUAUCAAUAUGCUUAACUCGAAAGGACCAAUCAAAUGGAUCUACGAAGAAUAUAGAGAUAUUGACAAUAUGGACUUCCGUUUUAAAGGAAAGAGUUCGGCUGAGAAUCAUGUGAAAUUUACAGCUCGAGCUUUGCAAAAUUAUCCCAUGAAUGAAAUUUUGUGCCCGCACAUUGAUUGGCGGCCGGACGUAAUCGAGGAAAUAAUGAAAUAUUUGAAGCCGCAAAAUGUUAGGAUUUACAUACUUGCAAAAGAAUAUGAAAAUAUAACUAAUGAAAUUGAAUGUUGGUAUGGCACUAAGUAUAGGAAAGUGAAGGUAUCCAAGGAAACAAUGGACAUGUGGAACUCCCCUGGCUUUAACGACGAACUAAAAUUGCCUCCCAAGAAUGAAUUUAUACCAACUACAUUUGAUCUCAAAGUACAACAAACUAACUUAAUUAAGAAUAUUUUUCGAUUUCCUUUUAUUUUGGAGGAUACAUCAUUUGUAAGACUUUGGUAUAAACAGUACGGUGCAUUUUCUGUGCCUACAGCAAGAAUGAACUUUUAUUUCUCCAGCCCAUUUGUCUUUAUGGAUCCCCUUAGUUACAAUUCCACUUAUUUGUUUGUUAAGCUGUUUCAUGAUUCUCUUAACGAAGAUAUAUAUGCUGCUGAUUUAGCUGGUUUAGAAAGCAAACUUGAUAUUUUUAAUUCUGGAAUAACACUCUCUUUAAAUGGUUAUAAUGACAAACAACGUGUGAUGUUAGAAAAAAUCAUGGAUCGAAUGAUAAAUUUUAAGGUUGAUCCGAAGAUGUUUGAAAUCCGAAAGGAAGAAUAUAUCAGGAGCUUGAAAGAUUUCGCUGCUGAAGAGCCUUAUGAACAAGCUGUCUCUUAUCUUACAGCCCUAUUAGCAAAGCAACAUUGGCUCAACGAAGAAUUACUGGAAGCUACUACCUAUUUAAAUGUCGAGGGAUUCCAGCGAUUUAUACAACAGCUAUUCAGUAAGGUGCAUGUCGAAUGCUUAAUAAAUGGUAAUGUGACUAAAACGGAAGCUACAGAUAUACUUAAACUAAUUGAGUCUAAGUUGACAACUGGAGUGCCCAAUAUAGUACCAUUGUUAGAACAGCAACUAGUAAUGCCCCGUGAAAUUAAACUAGAAAAUGGUUGCCAUUUUCUUUUUGAAGCAGAAAAUAAUUUUCAUAAAAAUUCUUGUACAGUAGUAUAUUAUCCAACUGGUUUACAAUCAACAGAGUCGAAUAUGCUCUUAGAACUCUUAGUACAAAUUAUUAAGGGACCUUGUUACGAUACCUUUAGAACUAAGGAGCAAUUAGGGUAUUCAGCAUUUAGUGAUCGACGUGAAUCGAAUGCAACACAAGGCUUACGAAUCAGUGUAAUUAGUGAUAAACACCCGCAAUAUGUCGAAAAACGAAUCAAUUUAUUUUUAGACUCCAUGUUGAAUCACAUCUCUACUAUGACAGAAGAGCAAUUUGAAGAAAACAAGAAAGCUUUAGUUACAUUCUAUAGUGAUAAUUUAACUUGGUAUUGGAAUGAGAUUCUGACCCAACAAUAUAACUUCGAUCGAGAAGAUAUUGAAGUGGCUUACUUAAAGACGAUAUCACGGCAGCAGUUACUUAAUUUCUUUAAGGAAAAUGUACAUGAUAAAGAUCGACGUAAACUGUCGGUACAUGUCAUAUCCACGAUGUCAUCGGAAAAGAGCUCACCCGAUAAUACGAUCGAAAAAACUGCCGAUUUAUCAACUGAAGAAGAAGUUAAGAAAAUUGACCAUAUUUUGUCAUUUAAAAAUAGUCAAUCUUUUUAUCCUCUAAUUAACCCGCAUAAAAAAUAUUUUCUCAGGAAAAGCGUACGCUCUCAUAAAAAAAGUGACAAGGAUAUGGCGAAACUAGUUGUAUCAGUGUGGUCUUUCGUUACCGCAACAGAGAUCGUUAGAAUGAAACGACUAAAUUGGCCGGCUACCGUUUGGAGAUUUCCUCAAUCAUUUCAUCAACUGUCAUCAUCAAGCUUGUCGUACUCUCAUGGACCAGAUCAAUUCUACGCGAUCUCAUCGAGUUGUCGCGUUAGGGACUAA